AUGGUUUUGUUAGUAUUAUUGUUUCUUUCUGCUGAAAUGAUUACAGAAGGUGUCUUGUCAAUAGUAUCUACAACUGCUACUGCUGCUGUAUCAAAAAGAACUGAAUGUUUGCCGGGAUAUCACGGUGUUAACUGUGAUUAUCUAUGUUCUCCUAAUUGUGGGGGAGAUGGGACUUGUAGAUGGUAUAAUGGUGUAUGUCGGAAUGGAUGCAAGGCAGGAUACACAGGUUUAAAAUGUGACAGCACCUGCUCCCAGAAUUGUGGAGGUGAUGGGACCUGUAGAAGGAGUCCUUCUUUCUGUCUCCAUGGGUGCAAGGCAGGGUACACAGGAUUUACAUGUGAAGACGCCUGUCCAGCAAAAUGUGGAGGGGAUGGAAGUUGUCACAUUGCUACGUCUCGUUGUCUGAAUGGAUGCAAACUACCUGGGAUGACAGGGUUUUUUUGUGAAAACACCUGUCAAACAGGAUACACAGGUCAAGACUGUAACAUAACUUGUCCAGUUGGCUGUGGAGGGGAUGGGAGUUGUACUCGAGAUACUGCGUUCUGUCUUGAAGGAUGCAGGGCUGGGUAUACGGGAUAUACAUGUAGAAACACCUGCUCACCUAACUGCGGCGGUGAUGGAGGUUGUGGAGUACUUGUUCCUAUUUGUAAGCAUGGUUGCAAAGAUGGCUUCUCGGGACUAUUGUGUAAUAACUAA